UAUUUGCACUAUCCAUUUGGCUUACUUAUCAAUUUGCUUUGUCAUUAUUCAGAGAAUAAUCCGGCGAAAUCCAUUAGAUUUUGAAUGUGUAUUUAUCAUCAAAUUAUAGAAAAUUAGACUUUACUGGGGGAUUUAUGGAAAAGUUCUGUCGCAUUCUGGAACAGACGAAUGAUGUCGAAUGAUGACGAAUGAUGAUGAAAAUCGUGAAACUUUUGCGAUUUUGACAAAAAAGAACGCGGACAUUACAUUUCAUUUUUAAACAUGAUUUAUCGCAAUGACUCAGCCACUUGACCACUGCGUAUUGACGAGAAUAUUCGAGUGAAGUUUCAAUCUGGUUUAUAUUCCUGUAAAUAAUUUGAUUAUCAAGAUUUCUUUAAUGUACGCUCAUUGCAAUUUUUAUCAGCAAUUUUUCGACAUUUGAGGGGCAGAGAAAUUCAUUGAUUCAGGAUUUUGGCAAUUUUUAGAAGAGCGCUAUAUCUAUGGAUCAUUCUAGAAUAUUCUAGGGGAAUUCUUGGAAGAGUUAAAAAAAAUAUUUUGUUUUAUUUGUCAUGUGAUAAUUUUUUUUCUGUGGAUUUUCGCAAUUACAUACUGAAAUCGGCAUUUUCGCAUUUUCGCAAUUCAAACGACACUUGCGCCAGAACCAUGGUGGAGGCGGUAGAGUAUUCUAGAAAUGUCCAGAACCGACGAGAACCUUCUACCGUCUAUAAGAUUGUCAUUUCAGCUGAUCUCAGCCACCCAGUCACAUUCAAAAUACUCCGAAACUUAAAAUAAUUGUUGAAGCUUGAGAAAAAAUCUUAUUUAAUGGCGAGUAACGAGGGAGAAGUCAAAAUGGACAACAAUCAGAUGCCCACUCCGAAGAUAAAACACGACUGGUAUCAGACAGAGGCAUUUGUUAUUGUUACAAUUCUUGCUAAAAAUUCCGAAAAUGUUAAAAUUGAUUACGGAGAGACAACCCUCAGUGUAAAUGCCAGAUUACCAUCUGGUAAUGACUACAGCCUGGAAUUAGAUUUAGCCCAUUACAUUGUGCCAGAUCAGUGCUCAUUCAAGGUGGUACCAUCCAAAAUUGAGGUAAAGCUGAAGAAACGUGAUGGGCUAAGAUGGACAGUGUUGGAAGGAAAUCCAGUCGCUGGAGACGCUGUAAAAUCAAUACCAGAUGCAAUAAUGAGAAAUGAACCGCCAAAGUAUCCAAGUUCGAGUAAAAAAUCAAAAGACUGGGAUCGAGUAGAAAAGGAAAUCGAGAAGGAAGAGGAGGAGAAGCCCCAGGGAGAGGCUGCUGUCAAUGCACUCUUCCAGAAGAUUUAUGGAAGUGGAUCUGAUGAAGUUAGACGUGCUAUGAAUAAAUCAUUUCAAGAAUCUGGGGGAACUGUCCUGAGCACAAAUUGGAAUGAAGUUAGUAAGGGCAAGGUGGAGACAAAGGCCGCAGAUGGUAUGGAAUGGAAAAAGUGGGACUCAUAACAUGUAUUCCCUUUUAAUUCUCGCAUUAAUCGACUUUAACUUCACUAAAGUGUCAUAUUUUUCGGUGGCUUUAUUCUGAAGAUGUUGAGCUUUUUCUGUUGCGCCUUCCACAACACUCGUCAGCAAUGGAGAUCGAUUGAUUCUCGACGUCAGAGCAUCGAGUAAUUUUCUUGAUUGCCCUGACAUUAUCAAAAAUCGAUUUCCAAAAUAUUCUCCAGCCAAUUCAACUCCGGAAUUAUCCGGCACUUACAGGUUAGAAUUCACAUCGUGAUUGACACCAUGUACUUGGGCUGAUCUCCACUGCCUCCACUGGAUGCAAUAUGUGAGACGAUCGCAAUUAUGGAAACACGGUAUUAUUAUUGUUUUGCAUGGACAGCUGCAAGUGGAGGGGCUCAAAAAUCACAUGUGCAUUCAGAAUCUGAAACCAAGCGAUAAG